UGCGGGUUUGAAGGGCGUGGCUCUGUUGAAACGUCAUCAACCGCAGACAUACAAUAUGGCUGCGCCCAUGGACACAGCACAUUAGUUGUGUGCACUGACCUACAACUGCUUUUUUAAUUGUUAGAAUUGGGGUAAAAAUCCGACGGCUAUAAAGAUGGCCACUCCAGGCAAAGUGUCAAAAAAGGAGCGGAAGAAGCAGAUCCCAGCUAAGACGUCCCUGAACUCCCCCUACAGACUGCAAUGGAGCCCACUGCAGAGUGAUGAUGUACACUUCAUCCUGGACACUCUGAAGAGCAAACUGUCAGCAACUGGCCUGGAAAAGAAAGAGGUGAAAGGGUUUCGACAGUGGGGGAAAAAGAGAAAUAAGAACCCACCUACAGGACAUGACUCGGUAGCUGAGCCCCCACAGAUAACCCUCGACACUGUAACACCGGAAUGUCCUGUUAAACCCAGAGAGCAAGGCUGGACUGACGUAGCCGCUAGGAGGCAGCUGGCCAUCGGCAUCAAUGAGGUCACCAAGGCUCUGGAGAGGAACCAGCUCCGGCUGGUGCUCGUGUGCAAGUCGGUCAAACCGCCGCACAUGACGAGCCACCUGAUAGCUCUGUGCCGGACGCGGGGCGUGGCGGCAUGCCAGGUGCCGCGUCUCAGUGAGAGUGUGGCGGGACUGCUGGGGCUGAAGUGCGUCCUGGCACUGGGAUUCAGACAAGGGGACAGGAACGAGGAUGGGACGUUCUCCGACACUGUGGAAGCCAUUGUACCCAGAGUGCCUGCUCUGCAGGUUGCCUGGAUACCAAGCCCUCCCAGUGAAACAGGUGCAACAGUUGAGGGGCAGGUGGGAGAGGGAACAGCUGCAGGGCAAAUGGAGGUGGAAAAGAGAGAGGAGACAAGAGGCCAAAAACGGAAAAUUGAAGACAUUUCUCCAGACAUUACAGAAUGUCCAUCCUGCGUACUUCAGCCUCUUAAAGUGAAAAAGAUUAUCCCGAACCCCUAUAAAAUACGGAAACCAAAGACCAAGAAAAAGUAGAAGCAAUUUAUGUACAAAAGAUGACAUGAAACGGUAGUGUAGGCAGCCCUGGAUGCUGAUUGGAGGUGAUCUCUACUACCAAUCUGGAGGAAACACUCCCAAAAUCCCAUGGAGGACUUAAAUGAAAUAAAUUAGACAGCACACUCAGAUGUAUCUUUUAAAGUCUAGAUGAGUUUAUUCCAUCAUGCUGGUAUAGCUAUUUGAAUGAGGUCCUGUUUAAACACUGCUGGUUCUAAUUCCUCAUUUCUUUUACAGCCUGCCAAGGAGUUCAAUAAAAAUACUGAUUUUCAGUUAGAGAAAA